AUGCGUUGUCUCCUCGUCUCCUCCAAGGCUGAUAUUCUGGUUAAUGGUUCGCCGAGUGGCUAUGUGCGGUACCGUCGUGGCUUGAGACAGGGGGACCCCCUUUCCCCUUUGCUCUUUGUCCAGGUGACGGAUGUGCUGGGGACGAUGUUUUCUCAUGCAUUACACUCUGGUGUGCUAAUUGGGGUCCCACUGGGCAGCCACGGAAUGUCUGGUCUGCAAACCAAUUUCUCGAAAACGUGCCUUUUUUCCUCUCGUUCUGAUAGCCUCCCGAACCAUGCUGAGGCCCUGACCCUGAACUGCGCUGUUGAUUGUCUUCCGGUCACCUAUCUGGGUAUUCCUAUCUCGAGAAGAAGGCCAAGGAAGCAAGACUGGGAUAUUCUUAUUGCUAAGGUCAGGGAUCGAUUGUCGUCCUGGAAAGCUCGACAAUUAUCUGCGGGGGGUAGGCUUAUCCUGCUGAACUCAGUGUUAUCUGCUAUCCCGAUGUACUGGAUGUCUAUAUAUCUUUCGGUUUCCAAGUUGGGUCGUCAAGGAGGUUGA